CUAGUCUUUGCCUGGGCUUCGAACUGUAAUUCAUCUUAGCUCUGUGCUCCCCUUUAUGUCUGAGGAAUGACUUUGAGAGCAAAGACUUGACUGGCACGCGGCAUGUCUGCAAUACCUCGGUGUUUUCGACUCUCAUAGAUGCGCUGAGCGCAAACUAACCAAUCCACUUGAGAAAGAUGGCUAUGGAAGUGAUUAAAGUGGUGGACGAGGCGCACGAAAGUCCCAUCUCCAGCAUAGCUUACAACCGAGUGCUGAAGGAGCUCUACUCCAGCGCAGAUGGCGACAAAGUUAUCAGGGUGUGGGACGCCAAGACCGGCACCAUGGUCCGCAUGCAGAAGGGGCACAAGGGUGCCGUAACGUGCCUGGCCUACUCUAGCACAUCAAAGCUCCUGUUCUCGUCCUCCAUAGACAGCACGAUUGGGAUAUGGACAGAUAAAGGCAUCCUGCUGCAGAUGGCGCCCUCGGACGUCGGGCCGGUGCACUCUCUGGCGUGGGACAGCAAGCACCGCUACCUGGCGGUGGGCGGCAAUGCGGUGAUGCUGCUGUUCAAGGUGGACCUGGCGGAGGCUCGCAAGAUGGCGCAGCAGCAGCGCAGCGUGGCUAGCGGGCUGCGGGACGGCAACAUGACGCUGGACGCGCGGCAGAUCCUCAAAAAGAUCUUCCCGCCCUUCCGCGGGCCCGACUUCUGUCAUACCGACAUCGUGUCGUGCAUGAUCAUCACGGAGACGGGGAAGAUCAUCACGGGCGGCUACGACAAGUGCAUCUGCAUGUACGAGUUCGACAAGUUGGAGAAGCCCAAGGAGGCCUUCCAGCGCAUCCGCAAAUGCCACACCGCCGCCAUCGUGUCCAUGGCAUACGACACCUUCACCAACUCCAUCCUCACGGGCUCAAUAGACGGCAGCAUGAAGGUCUGGAGUUUGGAGGGCAGGCUGUUGGACAAGUUCGAGUCCAUCAACGACCAGCCAGUGGCGGUGGCGUACGUGCCCUCCACCAACAUGUACUGGGCGUCCGGCCGCUUCGGCCGCCUGGUGGCCUACGACCCGCGCGCGCCCGCCAACGUGACGCAGUACGUGCAGGAGUCGAGCGGGCUGGACCGGUUCAACGUGGAGUACAUGUACGCACCCAUGGGCACCGACAUGCUGCUGGGCGCCUCCAAGCAGAAGCAGCUCAUCAUGUGGCAGUACAACCACAUGGGUGCCUACAGGACGUUUCGCAAGCACGAGGACUGGGUGGAGGGCGUCAUUGUGGUGACGCCGUCCAAGGAGCAGCCGGACGACGAGGACGAGGAGGCGCCGCCGGAUGAGAUCUUCAGCUGCGGCGCGGACGGCAAGGUGCUGCGCUGGCAGCUGGACGUGGAGCAGAACUGCGACGUGUACGUGUGCGUGGAGGAGUGGCAGCUGCACAGCAAGAACAUCUACGUCAUGGUCUACUCCGCGGCGCUCAACUGCCUCAUCACCGGCAGCGAGGACACCACCAUCCACCUGCACUACCUGCACAACACGGUGCCCACCUACAACGACGUGCCGCUGCCCACCGAGUUCACGGAGCACGAGGGCCGCAUCAGCGGGCUGGCGCUGCUCAAGGGCAACCUGCUGGCCAGCUCCUCCUUCGACAAGACCCUGCGCAUCUGGGACCUCACCACCAUGAAGCCAGUGGCGUGUGUGUUCAACGCGCACGACUCGCCGCUGCAGUGCCUCGAGUACUGCGAGGAGCGGGACGAGCUGGCCACGUGCGCCAUGGGCAACAAGGUCAAGAUCUGGAACGUCAAGCGGCCGGCGCAGGUGAAGCACGUGCUGAGCCUGGACCACGCCGACACGCCGGACGCGGGCGGCGACGACGAGGCGGCCGGCAACGGGCGCGGCCCCAAGACCAACAUGAACUGGCUAACCAAGUCGGACAUUGCGGGCCUGCCCUCCGCCACCGGCAUUGUGCUGGAGACCAUCCAGCAGGCGAACCGGGACGUGCCGGAGGUGACUCAGGUGCGGUGGGUGGCGUUCCGGCACUGCUGGGUGACGGCGGCAGACGACGACACGAUACGGCUGUGGAACCCCGACGGCCACAAGCUGCAGCAGUUCACGUACACGGGCGGCAGCGUGCAGAGCAUCUACGUGGACAACACCAACAGGCUGCUGGUGGCGGCCAUGCUGAACCGCACCGCCUUCGUGUACGACCUGGACGACCCCAUGCCGCUGGCCAGGUACGCGGGGCACACGGACGUGAUCCGCGGCAUCGGCUACAUCAAGGACUGUGACACCUACGUCACCGCCUCCUGGGACAAGUCGCUGCGGCUGUGGUUCCGGCCCAAGGACCGCAAGGGCGGCGGCGGGGGCUCGGGCGCGGGCGAGGGCGGCGAGGGCAAGGCGAUGAACAUGCUGCUGCUGGAGUACGACGAGGACGAGGAGCACUUCGUGUCCGAGUACGAGAAGGCGCACCCGCUGGAGAUGCCAUCCGCACUGGCGGACCGCAACCAGCGCAAGGUGAUGCAGGACAUGGGGCUGCUGGACGAGGACGACGAGGACGACGCGGGCGGGCACGGCGGCGCGGGCGGCCGCAAGAAGGGCCGCGGGCGCGGCGCCAAGCUGGGCGCGGAGGCGGGGUUAGGGCUGGACACGGCGGCCCCGGACGUGCAGGGUUCGCUCGGGGCCAAGCUGGACGAUCUGGGUCGCUCGCUGCUGAGCGAGUUGAACACCAUCGCUCACAAAAGCGCGGUGGGGAGGGGCGGCGGCGGAGGGGGCGCGGGAGACAUGGAUGAGCGGGGGUCCACACGUAGCAGUCAGGUGCCCACGGGCACGCUGGGCGCGCGGAGCGUGGCGGGGCGAGGCGGUGGCGCUGGGGCUAGCGGCGCAACGUCGCGGCUAGGUGUGGCGGGGCGUAAAUAGCAGGGUGGGGCAUACCCCGUGUGGGCGGCGUGGGUUGUGCUGUGACGCUAUAGCACAGUGACGUUGUGGGCGGAAGGGGAGCCGUACUGCGGCAAACAGGGUUUUAGGGGGUUGGAUUCCUUGUGCAAAGAGCAAGGGUGGUGAGAAGGUAUUAGGGGUGCGGCGGCGGUGUCUUUAUGCAAAUGCUUGAUGUGUGCUGUGCCUGCGGCCCCGCGCCCAUGCUGCGGGUAGCCUUCUUCACUGUCGCGCGCGCGGGAAAUCCCGCUCGCUCGCAAUUCUUGCACGCACUGAAAAGCAGGGAAUGUGUCAACCUACCGCAUUAACUUGCUUCGCAUGUACUAGCCGAGACCGCAUUUCGCAGUUUUUGUUCAAACCUGCCCCGGGCGACCGGCGUUGACCGCCGCUUUGUAACGCAGUUGUUAG